AUGGGCUGUUUUUAUUCAUCAUUGAAGUGUAGUGAGAAACAAUAUUCAUUUACUUCAGAAGAAAUAUCAUAUUUAACUGAAACAUGGAAUAUUUUAAAAACAACUGGCAUUGCUAAAUUUGCUGAUGAAGUUCUUAUCAGUUCAUCUCUUCGACAGUAUUGGACGUCAAAAAUGAUUAUAGAUGCUAAUAAUUUUGAUUUUGGUGAAGGUGAAUCAUGUAUAAGAAGUGAUUGCAGUUGGCAUAUUGGAUUACGUGAACAUAGUACUCAUUUUAUUUUAACAUUUGAAAAACUUUUAUCAUCAAUUAAUGAUGAAAAUCUUUUUUCAAGACAAAUUGAAUCUCUUCAACUUUUACAAAACAUAUCUACACUUGAACAUGAUUCUUUAAUAAUAUUGAAAACAUGUAUCAUCGACAUAAUUCGCGAACGUUUUCAAAUGUUUAGAUAUGAAUUCACAAAUAAUUAUGAGCAAGCAUGGGAUAAAUUUUUAUCACGUAUUCUUAAAUGUUUAUUAGCAAAAGAGAAUACAAUACAAGGACCUACGGACAAUAUUACUUCACCUGUAAUAAUCAUAGAUCAACCAUCAAAUAGUGCAUCAAAUUCAUAA